AUGGUUCAGUUCUAUUUAGUAGGAUUUGCAGCCAUUUUAGCGGCGACAGGACUGCUUUUUCAGAUUGUAGAGACAAGAAAAAGACCUGAAAUACCAGAAGAAGCUCGGUUCAUUCCUUAUAAUUGCAUGAUAUUUCAAAUAUGCGAUUGUGGAUUAUAUGAAAGAUUUCAGACCUGUUAUGAAAUAUUGACAGAAGAAACUCAGGCCUGGAUCAUAGAUGAAUUUAACGCGUGUGAAUUGGGGACAUUCAAUUACGACUUUGCAGCUGCUAUGGAUUUAAUUUGUAAAAUACCAGACGAAGACAGGAAACCGUGCUAUAGUGUACUAUAUGAAAAAUACUCCGAACGUUUGAAUCAAUCUGCUUCGCAGCUAGGCUCAGAUGAAACACCGGCGUUUGCGAAAGCUGGGAACUGUGCGGAACCCAUAUAUGGUUAUUGCGAGGCCUAUCCAGGAAGUUGCAUGAGUCUCGGAUAAAAAAAAUGAAACAUCUUUCUGGUAAAAGCGAGACAAAGGUCGUAGGAAUACCCUGGAAAAGUAACGAAGAAAGUUACUCCUACAAUAUUUUCCGAUUAUUUGUUGCAUUAUUACAUUGUUUAUUGUGGUGUAUUAGAAUUAAAUUCAUUAUUUUUUA